CCUUGAGGCUGCAUGGAAGGGUGCUGGGCAAGGGCCUCCCAGAGGAGUGCUUCCUGCAGCCUCGGGAGCUCAGAGACAUGACAUCUGUCCCCCUCCCAGGUGACCGGCUCCUGCAGGUGGAUGGAGUGAGUCUGUGUGGCCUCACCCACAAGCAGGCUGUGCAGUGCCUCAAGUGUUCUGGGCAGGUUGCAAGACUGGUCUUAGAGAGAAGAGGCCCCAGGACCACACAGCAGUGUCCUUCUGUUAAUGGCAGGAUGGCAGACGGAUGCAUGGCUGUUUCCUUGGCAACAGCCUUGCCCGGCAGGCCUGCGAGCUGUGUCUCAGCGACAGAUGGUCCUAAGUUUGAAGUCACUCUGAAAAAGAAUGCCAGUGGCUUGGGAUUCAGCUUCAUGCAGAUGGAGAGAGAGAGCUGCAGCCAUCUCAAGAAUGAUCUGGUGAGAAUUAAGAGGCUUUUCCCAGGGCAGCCGGCUGAGGAGAACGGGGCCAUUGCAGUUGGUGACAUUAUCCUGGCGGUGAAUGGAAGGCCCACAGAAGGCCUCGUCUUCCAGGAGGUGCUCCAUUUACUGCGAGGGGCAUCACAGGAAGUCACGCUCCUACUUUGCCGACCCCCUCCAGGUGCACUGCCUGAGAUAGACCAGGGGUGGCAGACACCUGUGCUCUCAGCAGACAAAGAAUUCACCAGGGCAACUUGCACUGACUCUGAGCAGAGCCCGAGUCCGGAUCAAGAGGACAGCCGGAGGGACAGUGCCUCCCCAGACACAGGGGAAAGCUUGGGUCCCAGGCCCGAGUCUUUCCAAAAGGCCGCUGGCAAGGCACAAUGGGACCAGGACAUAGAGAGACCCUGGGCCACUUCCUCUAUGCGUCCUCAGGAUUCCCCCCCUCAUUUGUGCAGACUUCAGCAAGAAAUGGAUGCAUCCACAUUGGCCACCUCUUUGGAAAGGGAUAUGAGGCAAAACUGCUAUUCAGUUUGCGAUAUCAGGGGACUUGAAAGGUAAGAAUCACCACGUUCGCAGACACUUUGUAAAUGGUAUGCAUUUCAUUGCUAGAAAUUGCAAUCAGUUAAUAACUGUGUUCAGAUGCUUACUGGGCCCAGGACUCUGCUAGGCCUUUGGAGGGGAGGUGGGAAAAAAAGAAGCAUAAGAUUUGGAGUGGCUGCAACCAUAGUUUGUGAGCUUUUGGGAAAGCUACCCUCACCCCAUGGUCCCCUAGUACCCUUGGAGCCUGCGGAUGGCAGGCCUCUGUUUUUUCCCAGCACACAAACCUUUGUGGUACAUUCUGCAUGGCCUUUUAAAGCAUUGUGGUAAGAAAGAAGGUCCCUGGUAUGCAUCACCAUUUUUUAUUGCUAAUGUUACACUUUAUAGUCAACACCAGCUUAAAAAAAAUCUAUGUCUUCAAACACUAGACUGAAACGUUCAUUUUCAUAGCCCCUUUUAAAAAGUUCGUUUAUUUAUUUUGAGAGGUGGGGGCAGGAGGGGCAGAGAGAGAGGGAGGGAGAGACUCCCAAGUAGGCUCUGCACCUUCAGCUCAGAGCCCGAUGAGGGGCUCGAACCCACGAACCGUGAGAGUCAAGAGUCGAUGCUUAACCAACUGGGCCACCCAGGUGCCCCAUUAAUAGCCAUUUUAAC